ACAUCUAUUGCCAAGUGACGAGCUCUAUCCAUCAAAUGUAGACUACUUAAAUGAUGGUCAAAUCAUACAAAAAGACAAGACAGUGCGAGAAAUAAGAGAAAGCUGUCAAACACUGCACCGUUUCGAAGCAAGCACCGCUAAGCAGUUUAUUAUUAAAAACUGCAAACUUGACAACCACAUAGAUAUGGGCAAUCGGAUCAUCCCUGUAGCAUAACUUGUAUUUUACGUAAACUCUUUAGUAUUCAAAAUGGCGAGCGCUUGGCCUAAUAGCCAAGAAGACUAUGAGUUGUUAGAAGUAAUUGGUGUUGGUGCAACCGCUGUGGUUCAUGCAGCUUUGUGUAAACCUAGAAACGAGAAAUGUGCCAUCAAGCGGAUUAACCUCGACAAAUGGAAUACCUCCAUGGAUGAGCUUUUAAAAGAAAUCCAAGCUAUGUCCUCAUGUAACCACGAGAAUGUAGUAACAUAUUACACGUCUUUUGUCGUCCGUGAGGAGCUUUGGUUAGUUCUACGGCUUUUAGAAGGCGGUUCGCUUCUCGACAUAAUAAAGCAUAAAGUCCGCGCGACUAAUUGCCGCCACGGAGUUUUCGAUGAAGCUACAAUAGCUACCGUUCUUAAAGAAGUCCUACGUGGCCUUGAAUAUUUCCACCAGAACGGACAGAUCCACCGAGAUAUCAAAGCGGGGAAUAUACUCCUAGGUGACGAUGGUGCGGUACAGAUAGCUGACUUCGGAGUAUCAGCUUGGCUGGCAACCGGCCGAGAUUUGUCUCGACAAAAAGUCCGCCAUACUUUCGUAGGCACCCCAUGCUGGAUGGCACCAGAAGUUAUGGAGCAAAACCACGGCUACGACUUCAAAGCGGACAUAUGGUCGUUCGGAAUAACUGCUAUAGAAAUGGCUACCGGCACAGCGCCGUACCACAAGUAUCCUCCUAUGAAAGUUUUAAUGUUAACUCUUCAAAACGAGCCGCCAACUCUUGAUACAGGAGCCGAAGAAAAAGACCAGUACAAAGCCUAUGGGAAGACGUUUAGGAAAAUGAUUUCCGAGUGUUUGCAAAAGGAUCCGACGAAGCGGCCGUCGUCGACCGAGCUGUUGAAGCAUGCGUUCUUCAAGAAGGCUAAGGAUAGGAAGUAUUUGGUGCAGACGUUGGUGUCGACGGGGCCCAGUAUGGAGACGCGCGCGCACAAGGCGUCGCGGCGGCAGCCCGGCGCUUCAGGGCGGCUGCAUCGGAUGGAGACAGGCGAAUGGGUGUGGGAAAGCGACGACGAAAACGACGACGACGAAGACAACGCCGCCCGCGACCGCCCCAUGAACACGCUCGCCCGCGCCGACUCCUCCGACGACGAGGACGAGCCCACCGCCGCCGCCGGCACCUUCACCAUAGGCUCCCUAGGAACCAGUAGCGAAGAACCUCCCCUCAUCAACCUGGUGCUCCGGAUGAGGAAUGAUAGGAAUGAGCUGAAUGAUAUCCGGUUCGAGUUCGCUCCGGGGAAGGAUUCUGCGGACGGUAUUGCUACGGAGCUGGUCGGGGCCGGGUUGGUGGAGCAGAGAGACGCUGGCGCUGUAGCGGUGCACUUACAAAGGUUGGUGGACAACUGGCUGUCCCCGGGCUCGGCGGCGGCGCUGCGCACGGCCACGUUCCGCCUCGACGCCGCGCCCACGGAGCCUCCGGACGAGAAGGGACUGGUCGGGUACGCGCAGAUCUCCAUCGUCGACUAAACUAGCAGCCACACAUCGGUGAACCGUAUAUCUUCGUGAUAAAGAUGACUUUACAAUGACGAGGGCCUGGGUAUGCUAUUGAUGAUCGUCGGUUAAACGUAACAUCGUAUCGGUGGACCUUAUGUCUUCGUGAUGACGACGACUUUACAAUGACAAGAGCCUGGUCGGCGCCGCGCAGAUUUCCAUCGCCGACUAACCCCCCAGCAUCGGUGGAACUUAUUAUAAUCGUAUGCGAUUUAAAAUAUAUUGCGACAUUUAAUCGAUCUGUCGGCAGCCGAUCGUAAAAUCAGGCAGAUCGUAAAGUUUCUGUGUAAUGUUUUGACGGUAGUCACAGUAGUCACAUUAAGCUAGUAGAUAGGCAGGAUCGUCAGGUUGCUUCAGAUGCCCCAAGGGUAAACUGUCCAGAAAUAGGAGUCCCGAGCGGGGCUAAGUCAAGUCAAGGAACGAGGCGAUGAUUUUCACGAUUCACGAUAUGCCUAGGAAUUUCAUGAUCUGCCUGAUUUUACGAUCGACCGCCCACAGAUAAAUUGAAUUUGUUGCUCCUACUUAGUCAGCAAUUUAAAACGGCAUGCCAUUGCAAAGUAUGUAAUAGCCUUGUGUUUGCAGUAAGAUAUACGAUUAAUUCGCGGGUCGUUGACCGCACGCGCCGGUAAAACAACGGUAGGGUUGACAACACUUAGAUUUUUGUUUUUUAUCUAAUGCAGGGGUCGGCAAAAUUUGUGAAGAUGAGCCAACUGCAGUAAAUUUUAUGGGAGACGUAAAGCCGCUAUUGUAUCUCCAAUGAGCCGCAUGUGGCUCGCGAGCCGUGGUUUGCCGACCCCUGAUCUAAUGCAUAGACAUCGCUGACGGCAUUAUACGCGAGCGAAUUCGCUUGGUGCUUGUAUUUUUUUUAAGCGUUUAUUAGGGUAAUGUUUGUGGCAUAGAUUAUCGAGUGUUGUUGAGAUAUUAUAUAAUUAUUCAAUUACUUCGACGCUUACUUAAUCAUAACCAUGUAUUGUUUAUAUUGCUAAAUGUAAUUAUUUUCUUUUUUCUCUCUAAGAUUUAUUUUAUGUUAGGUACACACCCAUGAUUUAAUUUUUAUGAUUUAGUUAUACAUAUUUUAUUUUAUUGAGAAAUUUACCUCACAAUAAAUAUUGUUUUUAAUUCCGCUCAGGAGCAUAUUGUAUAUAAAAUGAAAUCCUAAUGUUAAUAUUCACUAAAAUAUUCAUUUGGACAUAUACAGUGAAACCUGGUUAAGUGGGACCUGGAUAAGUGAGAAACCUCUAUAGCUGGGACUCAUGGUGCGGUCCCGACACUUUAGCACUGAAUUACCUCUGUUAGUGAGAUAAAACGAACCUCUAUAACUGGGAUUAGUUGUUGUGAUUUUAUAGUCACAUUUACCUCUAUAAUUGAGACAGAGAGUGUAUUUUACCUCUUUUACUGAGACUUUAUUUAUAAGAUUACAUUUUCUUAAUUUUUUUUUAGAAUUUCAUACGAAUUACCUCUGUAUCUGAGAGAACGACAAUCUAUGACCUCUCUAACUUGGACUUUAUUGAUCUAUUUCCGUAUUCUUACUAACUCUUAGUCUAUCCACAAAUUCCGCAUUUGCUUAAUUGUGUCUAAACGACUUCAAGUUUCAUUUAGUUACUUUAUGUAGUUAAAACUAUCGAAACGAAAGCUGAAAUCUUGAUAAGUAACAAGAAUAAACAAAUUUUCAUUUAAUAAAUUUCUAAGACGCAAUGAAGUCCGUAUCAAAUUUAAUUGAAAAAAUCUAUCCUUUGGAAAAUCAUUCAAAAUAAAUUCAAAGAAAUAUUUAUACAGACUUAAAAAAUAAUUAGGGACAAGGAUUAUUUUACCUAAACAUUUAAAGAUAAUUACAAAAUACCUUAUUAACCACCUCUAUAACUGAGAUAUAUCCUCUAUUCUCACCUCUAUUAAUGGGACCCUCUAUAAAUGAGACAGAAAUUUAUUUGUACCUGGCUAACUGAGACCCUGGGUAAGUGGAAUACCUCUUUAAGUGAGACAAAUCUGCUCGUCCCUUGAAGUCUCACUUAUCCAGGUUUCACUGUAUUACAAAUAUUACAAUGCAUCACAUUAAAUAAAUAAAUAAAAAUAUGUUUUACAAUUAAAGUAUAAAAAGUCCACAACACUCUAUAAUCUAAAAUACGUUUAAAACUUAAACCCCAUAUCAUGUCUCGCUUCUUCGUGACGUCACGAGUAAGGUAAACUACCCAUUGAUUGGCACUGAAAUGUAUAAGUCAUUGGCACUUACUUUUAUAGAAAAGUAUGCUGGUUUACAUAAGGUUAGAGGUGCCAACCAUGGGUGGGAUGUCAACGAUAGGGAUACCUAUUUUCGACGCCCGGUGCGUCAAGUCUGUAUCUAUAACUAAUUAAGUUAUAUAUUGUUUAUACGCCCCGAAUACACAUUUUAUUGGUGAAUAAAGGAUUUAUGAUAGUUCAAUUGUUUUUAGCUCAAAGUAUGAAUUUCUGAAACGAAUUUUUGGGUUAUAUACUGUGCAAAACGAAAACCGUAGGUUAACGAAAGUAUAACUAAUCUUAAAAUUAAUCCCCACGACAGAUGUAGUGCAUAAUUGUUUUCCAACGUAUUUUGUUGGAAACGUUCGUAUUUGUCAUGCUAGUUCAGUCAACCUCAGCACUUUUUGUACCGAAACUGACUGAAAUAGCAAGACACGUUCGUACGUUUCCGUGAAAAUACGAUGGAAAAUAAUUAUGCACUACGUCUGUCUAAUAUUUUUAGGCACACAUAUAAAUGUGUCGAUUAGGGAAGAUAAGGAUUUGCGAUCCGGAUCCAACUAGUAUGAAAUCCGGAUUCGAUGGAUCUUCCGUACAAUUUGGAUCCGUGUAGCAUCUUAUAGGGGCUUUAAUUUUAAGAGUGGCUUUACUCUAUGACCCAUUUAAACCAUAGAGUAAUAUAAGUAAAGAAAUUGUGGUAACUCCAUACAUUAAUUUUCUAACCAAAACGCGCGUUAUUUUGUAGUCGACAUCUAGCGUCAAGGAGCGGAAUUUAUCAGUACUGCUAGUUGACAAUAGAUGUCGCGGCGUACGAAAACUCUAAUGCUCAACAAUUUUCAGCUCAUAUUAUAACCGGAUUAACUGGAAGUCUAUUUUCAACCCCUUCCGCUUAUAAUAUUAGUUGUAAAUUGUUUUAGAAGUACAUUUUUCGAGGAAGAGGGGGGAGGCCUUUGCCCAGCACUGCUGGGAGUGGGACACAGUGGGCUCUGAAUAAUAAAUAAUAAUAAUAAUAGUUUCAUAGUUUCCAAUGCCUGCUGAAACCGGUUCACGGGUAUCUAUAUUGAUGUACCCGUGAAAGGGUUUCAGCAGGCGUUCUACAUGACAUCAAAUCUCUCCAAACGGCCUCUACGUGUUGGAUCCAUAUCCCCACGCACGCCUUAUAAAUGACCGGGCUCGAAAGACCCGAGAGUUUUAAAACGGAUAUACAAAUAAUAAUAAUAAGCUACACUUGUGACAUCUGGUGUCAAUUAGGGUACUGAUAGUUCCACUACUUGACGUUAGGUGUCGACUACGAAAUAACGCGCGUUUUGGUAACAAAACUGACGUAUGGAGUUACCACUCUUUCUUUACUUAUACUACUCUAUGAUGUAAACCAGCGGUCGGCAACAAGCGGCAUGCGGCCCGCGAACCUCUCACUUGCGGCCCGCGAGCCGGCUUGGCUAUUUUGUAUGUAAUAUUGUCAAACGACAAUGUAUGUAUGUAUGUAUAAACUCUUUAUUGUACAAAACACAAAACACAAAUUUAUGGCACAGGAUAGGCAGUACAAAAGCGAACUUAUCCCUUUAAGGCGGCGGUCGGCAACCUGCGGGCCGCAUGCGGCUCGUGAAACUGUCACUUGCGGCCUACGAGCCUCUCUGGCUAUGUAAUAUUGAGAAACGACAAUGUCUGAUAAAGUCAUAAAUAUUAACAAAGUGCGGCCCGCGUCACCUUACUCAUCGUUAACUACGCUACUAAAACUACGCAAAAAAAGGUUGCCGACCGCUGCUUUAAGGGAUUUCUUCCAGUUAACCUUUGAGUAGAUAAAGAUAUAAAGUCACACAUAUUAACAAAGUGCGGCCCGCGUCAACUUGGUUAACUACUAUGUGGCCCUUGGCUGCCAAAAGGUUGCCGACCGCUGAUUUAAACGAUUCUUUCAUAUCAUCAUUAGUUCCUACGAUUAGCCAUAGCGACUUAGAUGAAGUAGGUUUUUUUAAUGCGCCAUUUCCAAUGCGCUUUUAUUGCACUCGUCUAAAACUAAAGCAAGACCAACUAAACAAAUUAUUAAAAUAAUUAUAAAAGAGAUAAUAAAUUAUUGUUUAUAGGGUAAUUCGCCAGCAACUGGCCACCGGCCAAUAACUGGCCACCCUAAACUAAAAAUGGAUUCUAUUUACCUAUAAACAGAAUUAAUUUUAGUAUAAGGAUUCAAUAACUGGCCAGCCUUCAAUAACUAGCCACCUUAUACUAAAAUGUAUUCUGUUUAUAGGUGAAUAGAAUUAAUUUUUAGUUUAGGGUGGCAAAGUUACUAACAGGUGGCGAAUUACCCUACAUUGAAAAAAAAUAUAGAGACUUGCAGUUGCAGGCGACUGGUCUGGCCUAGUGGGUAGUGACCCUGCCUGUGUAGCCGAUGGUUCUGUGAUGAACACAAAUAUUUGUUCCUGAGUCGUGGGUGUUUUCUAUGUAGGUACAUAUAUAAGUAUGUAUUUAUCUGUAUAAGUAUGUAUAUCGUCGCCUAGCACUUAUAGUACAAGUUUUGCUCAGUUUGGGGCUAGGGUGAUCUGUGUAAGAUAUCCCCUAAUUAUUUAUUUAUUAUUUAUAUAUUUGAUGGUCGACACUUCUUGUUUUCUUGGUUUUACUUUAGGGUCACCUACUUUUCUCUAUUUACUAUUUCAUUUGGGAAUGGCCCAUAUUUUAAGCGCAUUAUCGUAGCUUUGUGAAUAAAAUGAAUAUGUCCCCGACAAUAAUCUUUCUGGAAGCAUUUCGUUACUAAUGAAAUUAUAUGAGAUGAAUUUGU